AUGGUGUUGUCGCUCGUUGCUGAUGGCGGCUCUUUCUCCUCCAAGUCCACGCUUCAAAUCUUAGACUUGGAGGCGGCGAAAACUAUGUCUCGCCACGUCGCAUUGUAUAACUCUGUCUCCGAUGAUGAGUUCCUCAACCUCCGGCAAGGUCCCAUGAAGUCCCGCGGCGUGGCGUUUUUGAACUCCAUCGAUGAAGGCUAUCUUCUUGGACUUGCGUGUAAAGAGAAGCUCGAGGAUCUGGGUCAUGCCGUCGCUGUGGUUUCUCGUUUCAGUAAGAAAUGCAACGAUGAAGAACUCAACAGGUUCGAUAUCGUUUAUCAUUUCGGCCAUAAGAAACAAAAGGUUGAUACAUUCCGCUCCGGAGAACACCGUAGGAGCAGCGGGACUUGCGUUUCGUUACAGAACCUAAUUGUUACGGCGGAGAGAUGUUUCCACUCGACAACAAGCAUCGGCGACGAAGCACGAGAGAACAUGUUCGAGAUGUUGCCAAUAAGCCUGAAGCAAGUUUUGAGAAGGAAGCUGAAAGGCCAAUGGAGCAAGGAUAGCGAGGAGAGUGAUGGGGGACAAGGUUUGACACAUGGGUGGGAAGAGGCAUUGGAGGAUAUAAUAGGGUGGUUGGCACCAAUGGCGGUUGAUACGUUGAGAUGGCAGCAAGAGAGGGAGUUGGAGCAACAAGAACUGGAUGUGAGGCAGACGGUUUUGUUGUUGCAGACAUUGCAUUUCUCGGAUUUGGAGAAAACGGAGGUGGCGAUCGUGGAGGUUUUGGUAGGGUUGAGUUGUAUAUAUAGGUACGAGAAUCUGCGGGGGAGGCAUGUUGACGGUUGCCGUUGGUUAUAA